AGGUUCAAAACCUUGCUGCCUUUGUUUCCUCUCUGCUGCUCUUCCAAAGCUAUUCUCCUUUCCUCUCCAUCUUAUUAGAAUUCAAGUUGUGUUUGCAAUCGUGUUUCUGUCUACGUCUGCACUUGCAUACAUAAUGGCUGAGGUCGUUCUCAGCCUCCUCGUUGCCCCUGCUAUUGGGCAGUUAUACUCUAGGGUCGCUUCACUGCUCGACACAAGAUUCGGACAACUCCGGAAUUCAGGGGAUUUGGAGAAGGAGCUGAAGAAGCUGAAGGAGUCGCUUACAUCGAUACAAUCUGUUCUCAAAAAGGCAGAUCAAAUGCAAAGUGAUGAAGCCACAAGGGAUUGGCUGCAGAGGAUCCAAGAUGCAGCUGAUGAUCUGCGUAAUCUGCUGGAUGAGUAUGCAUAUGGAGUUCACCGGCCCAAAGGUCGGAUUCAAAGCAAAGUCAAGAAACAGGUGCGCAAUUUCGUUUUCCCCUACAAAUCCAUGCUUAGCAAAAUGAAGGAGGUUAAUGGGUCUUUCGAUAGAAUUGUAGGACAAGCAAGUUGUAUUGAACUGAUUACAAGAGACAACCAAAAUCAUGAAGCUGAUGAGUCAUCUUAUAAUUCUGAAGUUUUGCAAAGGGAUGCUGAUGUCUCAGAAAUUGAAAGAUUGCUGGAUGAGUUGAGCCAGAAGCAUCAACUCUCUGGCAUUUCCAUAGUCGGCAUGCCAGGUGUUGGAAAGACAGCAGUAGCUACAUCAAUAUGUGUGAGGGCAAGGGAAAAUCACCCCUCCAGUCUGGUGGCCUGGGUGCCGGUACGUAAGGAUCUUAAAGAAGUGAUGAUUUUAGGAGAUAUGUUGGAAUGUCUUGAUAGUCAUGCUGGCGGAUUGAAUAAUGUCGAUGCAAUACUUUUUUUUCUUAAAAGAGAGUUAGAAAAUAAAAAAAUUCUUCUCAUCCUUGAUGGUGUACGGAAUGAAGAUGAUGCUCGAAGGUUGAAGAAGUUCAUCUCUGAUCUGCCAAAUAAUUUCAAAACUACUACAAUCUCUGUUGUCAUAACAACUAGUAACAAACAGGUAGCUUCAAUAAUGGAGAAAAUUCCUUUGCAUAAGCAUGAAUUGCAAAAGCUAUCAGAUGAUGACUGCUGGUUGAUAAUGGAGGAGAAUGUUCUCAGAUCGUCCAAUGGAACUCCAAUAGAAGAUCCACAGUUGUUGCUUAUUGGAAAAGAUAUUGCAAAACAGUGUGGGGGUUUGCCAUUAGUUGCAGCUGUCUUUGGCGAACACUUGGGCGCUCAUAUUGAGGUAGAUAAGUGGUCAGCUAUCAGAGAUAAUAAAGCAUGGCAUGCAGAACAUAGAAAAAAGAUUCUCUCUCAACUGAAAACAAGUUAUGAUCACUUGCCUCCACAUUUGAAAAAAUGCUUUUCCUUCUGUUCAAUUUUUCCAAAAAAUGGUAAAAUUAGUAGAGAUGAAUUAAUUCAGCUUUGGAUGGCUAAUGGGUUUCUUUCCCACAGCAAAUCAGAUAAAAAAGAAGAUGUUGGUAACAGGUAUUUCAAUGAUUUGGUAUCCAAUUACUUAUUGGAAGACGUAGACAUGGAUGAGUGUGGGAAUAUAAAGUUUUGCAAGAUGCAUGAUGAGGUGCAUAAUCUUGCAUUGCUUUCAGCAAAAUAUGAAACAUAUAUUUGGCCGGAUAUCCUUCCUGUUGAGGAGAGUGUUCGGCAUAUGAGGGUUGAGUCUGAUGAAAACCUUCAAACUGUUCCAGAACGUGUUGCUGAAAGGUUGCACUCUUUGUUCUUGGAUGUUGAUGUCUUGCACAUGAUGCCUAAGAAGUCCAAAAGUUUGCAAUCUUUAAAGCUAGAAGCUGCUGCUGCAAAUGAGUUGCCAUCUUCUCUUUGGAGAUUGAAAUAUUACAUGAAAUACCUUGACAUAUCAGGAAGUGAAAUUAAAAGGCUACCAAAAUCUGUCACCGAGCUCUACAAUUUGCGGACUUUAAGAUUCACAGGCUGCAAUUCACUGGAAAAGCUCCCAAGUGGUAUUGAAAAUCUAGUCAGCUUGAGGCAUAUUUAUUUUGAUGAUGAAAGGCAUAUGCCAAGUAGCAUUCGGAAAUUACCUUCUCUUCAGACUUUACCGCUAUUUGUUGUGGGCACAGAAAAGGGUCGAAGAAUUAAAGAGCUUAAAUCUUUGAACCAACUCAGAGGAAAACUAAAAAUUUGCAAGCUUGAGCUAGUAUCUCAAUCAGAAGCUAGUGAAGCAAGCCUUCAAGAUAAAGGAGAAUUGAUCGAGUUGCAAUUUGUAUGGAGUGAAAACAGAGCCAACAGUGACAAAGAUAUGGGUGUUCUGGAAGGUCUUAAGCCUCCCUCAAAAUUGAAAAGCUUAACCAUUGAAAAUUAUAGGGGAGGCAAGUGCCCUUCAUGGAUGAUGAAGGAUGUCAGUGGUUCACAUGCUUCCUUUCAACUUAACAGACUUGUGAAGUUGGAAUUGAUUGAUUGUGAUGAAUGUGGUGAUAUUUCAUGCCUUGAACUCUUACCUGAGCUUAAGCACGGGAAGCGGCAGCCAAGGUGGGGGACAAUCAAUAAAACCAUUUCCAGCUUUGAGAAAACUUACUUUAAGCAACAUGACAACGCUGGAGAAAUGGACAGAAGCACAAGGCAUGGUCGUGUUUCCUCGCCUUGAGGAGUUGCAUGUUCAGGAUUGUCCAGAGCUGAAAACAUGGUGGGCAAGCAGCAGCCAAGGUGAAGGAGAAUCAAUCCUACCAUUUCCAGCUUUGAGAAAACUUACUUUAAGCAACAUGACAAAGCUGGAGAAAUGGACA